AUGAAACGGGUGAGGGGAGACUGCUGUGAGUCACACUUACAGCAGUCCCAGCUGUUACACUACAACUCUUGGAUUAAAAUACAUCCAAGGUUCACUCUCUGUCUUCCCCUCCGCCGGCCAUUUGGCCUCCACACCACAGAUCCCCUCCCUUACUUUUCUCAACCUCUCGCCAUGGCACACCGCCCCCGCCGCCACAAACCAGAGUUCGCGAAGCUAUCGUUCGAAUUUCAUCCGACACCCAAUCGCGCCGGAGUUAGGGUUGUAAAAUGCAAGGCCGCCGAUGUGUCGCCGCCUUCAUCGUCUUCUUAUUCGGCGCCGGCGCCGGUGGAUAAAGGAAAGAGCUGGGUGCCGGUGGUUCCCCUGGCGGCGCUGCCGAAGGGGGAGCGGCGCGUGAUCAUACAGGACGGUGAGACGGUGUUGCUGUUGUGGUAUAAAGACGACGUUUUCGCCAUAGAGAACAGAUCUCCAGCUGAGGGCGCCUAUUCUGACGGCUUGCUCAAUGCGAAGCUCACUCAGGUGUGUGUGUGUGUGUGCGCGUGUUUAUAUGAUUUCUAA